CAAAUUAGGAAUUGUACAAGGGAAAAAAUGGAGUUGUUUUGAUUUUUUGAAAUGACAAUAGACGAACUGCGGCGUGCUUUGCCUUUAGAUUCGUUGAGUAUGUCUACUGAGGCUUGAUCAUCUGUACAUCUCUCUUGUUUCUGCGACAAUGAAAUGUUCAGCAUAAUUAUUUCUUUGUGUAGGAGAGAAUCAGUAAGUUAUUGUAUUAUCCAAUUCUUUUUUAAUCCCUAGCUUGGCGGAGCUAUUUUGAUCGACCAACAACUUUCAACCAUACUUGUAGCUGUAGAUUUGGAGAUUAUAGUUGGCAGAUAACAAUGAAUCUUUUUUUAAAGUUGAAAUUCUCCUCCCUCACAUCAAUCAAUCACCCAACAUACUUUUAAUUUACUGGAAAUAAAAGACAUCUAUAUGCUUUGUACUUCAUGUAAUUGCCAUAAAAAGUUUUAGAAAAUGCAUAGAGUAAAAUAGGAAGGGAACUAACGAUUCUCCUAUAUAGUAUAGAUUAUUCCGGUAUUGGUACGGCACUGAUACUUUUUUCGUUGGCAUAAUCCAACUUGGCUGCUCUUCAAGGUUUUCAGUUCGAAAUGGACAUUAUUUCCCAACUACAGGAACAAGUCAAUACAAUUGCUGCUUUAGCUUUCAAUACUUUUGGGACAUUGCAGAGAGAUGCUCCUCCAGUUCGUUUAUCUCCUAAUUACCCCGAACCUCCGCCUCACGAACCUACAGAGGACAGUGCAAACUUCGCAGAGCAGCCCAAGCUAAUGAGUGCUGCUUUGGUGAAAGCCGCUAAGCAGUUUGAUGUAUUAGUUGCAGCAUUGCCUCUAUCUGAUGGAGGUGAAGAAGAGCAGUUGAAAAGGAUUGCAGAACUACAGGCCGAGAACGAUGCUGUAGGUCAAGAACUUCAAAAGCAGCUAGAAGCAGCAGAGAAGGAAUUAAAACAGGUUCAGGAGCUUUUCAGCCAAGUUGCAGAUAACUGCUUGAACUUGAAGAAAGCAGACUGAAAGAUUUCAAGGUUAUAGUAGCUCAAUCAAAUGCAUUCAUUCCUUUCUUCCUAAUUUAAUGCAACUUAGAACAGGUGUGUUAAUUUUCUGCGCCACUUUGUCCAUUUUCUCAUCGUUUUUUUAGCUCAACUCGGUAGAAGAUUCAUAAUGCCAACCCCGAAUUGCCUCUCUUUAGCUUCUAGCGGAUGUUCAAAGUUGUCUAAGUAAUUGCAAGUUAGCAAUAUAUUAUGUAUUUGCAAUUUUCGUAAUUAAUAUAUAUAGCCCUCGUAGCUGAUAAUUUGUACCA